AUGGGUGAACAGGUGGUCAAUGGCGACACAUUCAACUACAACAAGCACGUGCGCGAUCUACCCAUGACACAAGCUUCCAUUCCAAUACAACAUGUUGGUGUUGUCUCGUCUAUACAAGACCCAGUGAACAUGUUGGAUGAUGGUACCUCUGGCAGCAACAGGAUACGGAUCUCAAAGCAAGAAUGCUGCAUGGUUGGCUCAAUGUCUGCGGGUGAUGAUUGCGUGAUUCAGAGGGACCAUUGCAGAGAGCUGCUUGUCUUUUGA